AUGGCGGCACGCAUGCGAGAAUGGUCGGCAAGCAUCAAUAGCGCGGUGGCCAAGAGCCGUGUUGGGUACUGGUUCCAGCUCGACGGCUCAGGUCAUCGUCGCGAGCGCAAGGGCUCGUAUUUUCUGACCGAGCUGCGCGCCGGUGUGGCCACCUUCUUUGCCAUGGCGUACAUCAUCGCCGUCAACGCCUCCAUCGUCGCGGACUCGGGUGGCACCUGCGUCUGCAGCGGCACCCCCGAUGACCCCAUGUGUGAUGCCGACGAGGCUUUCCUGCUGUGCAAGCAGGCCAUUCGGCGAGACGCCGUCACGGCGACGGCGGCCAUCUCGGCGCUCGCCACCUUUAGCAUGGGCCUCUUUGCCAACAUGCCCGUCGGCGUCGCGCCUGGCAUGGGCCUCAACGCCUACUUCACCUACUCCGUCGUCGGGCGCCACGGCAGCGGGCCCGUCCCGUACCAGGUUGCGCUCACGGCCAUCUUCAUCGAGGGCUGGAUCUUCUUUGCGCUCGCCAUCUUCGGUAUGCGCCAGUGGCUCGCGCGCGCCAUCCCGGCCUCCAUCAAGAUCGCCACCGGUGUCGGCAUCGGUCUGUUCCUGACCAUCAUCGGUCUGACCUACGGCGAGGGCUUGGGUAUCAUUGUCGGCGCGCAGUCCACACCCGUGGAGCUCGCUGGCUGCUCGCCCGAGAACAGGCUCGAGGACGGCACCUGCCCCUCCUGGGAUAAGAUGCGCUACCCGGGCAUGUGGAUUGGCAUCUUCUGCGGUGGCAUCCUGACGGUGCUACUCAUGAUGUACCGCGUCAAGGGUGCGAUUCUCAUGGGCAUCCUGCUGGUCAGCAUCAUCUCGUGGCCUCGCGGCACGCCCGUCUCGUACUUUCCCUACACGGCCCAGGGCAACGACUCGUUUGACUUUUUCAAAAAGGUCGUCACGUUCCACCCGAUUGAGAACAUUCUCAACGUCCAGGAGUGGAACAUUGGCGAGUACGGGGGUCAGUUUGGCCUGGCGCUCAUCACGUUCCUCUACGUCGACAUUCUGGACUGCACCGGUACCCUGUACGGUGUGGCCCGCUUCGCCGGCCUCAUCGACCCGCGCACCCAGGACUUUGAGGGCUCCUCGGUCGCCUACAUGGUGGAUGCCAUCAGCAUCUCCAUCGGGUCCAUUCUCGGUGUCCCGCCCGUCACCGCCUUUGUCGAGUCGGGCGCUGGUAUCUCCGAGGGCGGCAAGACUGGUCUGGUGUCCGUCUCGGCCGGCUUCCUCUUCUUCAUCUCUGUCUUCUUCGCGCCCAUCUUCGCCUCGAUCCCGCCGUACGCGACCGGCUCGGUGCUCAUCCUCGUCGGCUCCAUGAUGGCCACCGCCGUCGUCGACAUCAACUGGAAGUACCUCGGCGACGCGGUCCCCGCCUUCCUGGCCAUCUCCAUCAUGCCCUUCACCUACUCCAUCGCCGACGGCCUGAUUGCCGGUGUCAUGAGCUACAUCAUCCUCAACACCAUUGUCUGGCUCCUCAAGCUCGUCACCGGUGGCCGCAUCAAGCCGCCCAACUACGAGGAGAAGGAGCCCUGGACGUGGCGCAUCCCCGGCGGCUUCUUCCCCGGCUGGCUGACACGUCUCGUGUCCGGCAAGAAGGACUUUUGGAGGGAGUACGAUAGCGAUCUCGACAAUGCGGAGCCCACGCUGGGCAAGAUGGACGAGCGCCACAUGAGCGAGGAUCGCGUUCCGUCGGGGGAGAUCCGCCCUGCCGGCGGCGAGUACGGCCUGGCGGAUGAGAAGACGGCGCAGCCGGAGACGGUGUCGGCGAGCAACGAAAAGGGGGCGCGCAAUGAUUAG